AAACAAUCAACAAUCAUCAGUCAAGCAAAAAAUCAAUCAGGUGUUUUUAAUUACAAAAGCAAAAUACUUAAAAUACCGAUAACAUACUCAGAAAAAGAAAAUACGCUGCUGUAAAGACGGGAAGAUCGAACAAGAAGUAUUAUUAGUAUUUAACUUUUGAACUCCCCCAAAAAUAUCCUCAUUAACGGAGAAGCCUCAUUAACUUUAAAUCAACAUAUACACAUAAAGCUCUGGGCAGGUUUAAGGGCAACGCUAGCAAAGUAAGCAACAAAUUCUAGGAUACUACGAAUAUAUAGAAAUAUAUAUUAUAUAUAUUUGAAAAUAACUUUGCAACUUGAAGGCUGAAAACAUUUUGAUAAAAACAAAAAAACAGAAAACUAAACAACUACUGGAUAAAUUUUGCAACAAGUGUAAAGAAGAAGAGACUGAUUUUUACAAGAAGAAGAGAUUAUAGAAGAGGAGAGAGAGAGAGAAAGAGAGAGUGAGAGAAAGGCGAAAAUAGAGGCAAAGCAAGUGAUUCAGGAUCAAAUCCAAUAAGCGAUACAACAACAUUUUUAUACAUAGACAGCGCACGCACAUUUAUAUAUAAAUUUAUAUAAAUAUAUAUAUUUUUAACACUUACUUGGAACAUGUUGAAGAAACUAAAGUGCAUGGAGGCGGCAGCAGCAGCAGCGGCGGCAGCAGCAGCUGCUACUGCAACAACAACAACAACAAUGCCUGCCACAAAGCUCAUCAAAACGGAGCCCAUCGAUUUUGAGAUGAUGCAUCUCGAGGAGCAGGCGGAGCCCAGCAGCAGCAGCAACGGAGGGGAGGGGAAGACAGUUGCAACAACUAUUGCAGGAUCGCAGCAGUUGCAACAACAACAACAACAACAACAGCAACAACAACGCUAUACACACGUACAGGUGCAGACUGUGCCGCCACGUCAGCCCACAGGACUGACCACGCCCGGUGGCACACAGAAGGUGAUACUGACGCCACGUGUGGAGUAUGUGCAACAGCGUGCGGCAAGCUCAAACAAUUUGGCUGGCAAGCAUAAUAUGUAUACACCGAAUAUGGGCAGUCCCUCAGAGAGUUCUACAGCUCCACAAAUAAUCAUAACACGCACGUUGCAAGCAACGCAGUCGCAGUCGCAAUCGCAUCUCUCAAGGCGCCACUCGGCGAGCCCCUCGUCCUCCUCCUCGUCCGCCGCUUCCUCACCCUCCGCGCAUUAUUCGCAACGUGUGGGACACUCGCCGCCGCCGUUGCAUCAUCAGCAACAGCAACAGCAGCAGCAGGAACAGGAGCAACAUCAGCAGCGAUCGACACCGCAGCAACAUGUGCGUGUCAUACGCGAUGGUCGCCUCUAUGAGGAAUCCCUCUCCACAUCCCAUUGCGGCUCCGGUGGGCGGCGUCUAUCGGUGUCGCCGCCGCCGUUGCAUCAUCAUUCGCGUUCCGCGCCCGUCUCCCCGGUGAUCACCAGACGCGCCUAUGUGGAUGUGCCAUAUCAGCAGCAGCAGCAGACACAACAGCAGCGACAGACGCCACCGCUGGCACCACCGCCAACGCCACCACCACCGCCACCACCGUUGCCACCACCUCCAAAGCAGCAACAACAAUAUAUUGGUGCCGCACCACCCACAGCAGCUGCUCGGAAAUUCGUGGUUAGCACGAGCACGAGCACACGUCAUGUCAAUGUCAAUGUCAUUGCUGCCAACCACUUUCAACAGCAGCAACAUCAACAACAGCAGCAGCAACAACAACAUCAAUCGCAACAGCAGCAGCAACAACAGCAACAUCAUGUUGUUACCAAUGUUAGCUCCAGCAGCGCUGCCUCUGCCUCCUCCUCCAGCUCCUCUUCCUGCCCCAACGCAUCCUCAUCGCACAUCUUUCGCGCGCCCAUCGUCUCCAGCAGCAGCAGCAGCAACAAUAGCAACGGCAAUGGCUGUCAGCAACAGUUGCCGUCACACCAUUUGCACAACCACAACAACGGCAACAACAACAACAACAAUGGCAAUUCGUCCAUGCGCCCGCCUCCACCACCGCCACCUCCAAAGGUGAAACAUGCUUCCAGCAUCAGCAACAGCAGCAGCAACAACAACAAUCACAGCAGCAACCACAGCAACAGCGGUGGCAGCAAUGGAGAAGAACCUUCCAGCUCGAUCCCUGAUCUAGAAUUUGAUGGCACUACGGUGCUCUGUCGCGUCUGCGGUGAUAAGGCCUCCGGUUUCCAUUACGGCGUGCAUUCCUGCGAGGGCUGCAAGGGCUUCUUCCGUCGCUCCAUACAGCAAAAGAUACAAUAUCGCCCAUGCACCAAAAAUCAACAGUGCAGCAUUUUGAGGAUCAAUCGCAAUCGCUGUCAAUAUUGUCGGCUGAAAAAGUGCAUUGCCGUUGGCAUGAGUCGUGAUGCUGUGCGCUUUGGUCGCGUGCCGAAGCGUGAGAAGGCGCGCAUUUUGGCCGCCAUGCAGCAGAGCACACAGAAUCGUGGCCAACAGCGGGCACUUGCCACCGAAUUGGAUGAUCAGCCACGCCUCCUGGCGGCCGUGCUGCGCGCCCAUCUCGAGACAUGCGAGUUCACCAAGGAGAAGGUCUCGGCCAUGCGACAGCGUGCCCGAGAAUGCCCAUCGUACUCAAUGCCAACCUUGCUGGCUUGUCCGUUAAAUCCCGCGCCCGAGCUUCAGUCAGAGCAGGAAUUCUCACAGAGAUUUGCGCAUGUCAUACGUGGAGUUAUCGACUUUGCGGGCAUGAUACCCGGCUUCCAGUUGCUCACCCAGGACGAUAAGUUCACGUUGCUCAAGGCGGGACUCUUCGAUGCGCUGUUUGUGCGUCUCAUCUGCAUGUUCGACUCCUCGAUCAACUCGAUCAUCUGCCUCAAUGGCCAAGUGAUGCGUCGCGAUGCCAUCCAAAAUGGCGCCAAUGCCCGUUUCCUGGUGGACUCGACCUUUAACUUUGCGGAACGCAUGAACUCGAUGAAUUUGACAGAUGCCGAGAUCGGACUCUUCUGCGCCAUCGUACUGAUAACGCCAGAUCGUCCGGGCUUGCGGAAUCUGGAGCUGAUCGAGAAGAUGUACAGCCGCCUGAAGGGUUGCCUGCAGUGCAUAGUCUCCCAGAAUCGUCCCGAUCAGCCCGACUUUCUCGCCAAGCUGCUGGACACGAUGCCAGAUCUGCGCACUCUGAGCACACUGCACACGGAGAAGCUCGUUGUAUUCCGCACGGAGCACAAGGAGCUGCUGCGUCAACAGAUGUGGAGCAUGGAGGAGGGGGAUGCAUCCAGCAAGAGUCCCGCCGCCAGCUGGGAUGCCAUGGAUGUGGAGGCAGCCAAGAGUCCGCUUGGCUCCGUUUCGAGCACUGAAUCCGCCGAUCUCGAUUAUGGCACGCCAAGCAGCACACAGCUGCAACAGCAGGUGGCAACGCCAGUGCAGUCGCAUCUGCACAGUGGCAACACCUCCUCGUUGGCCAGCUCGGCGCCUCUGCUCGCUGCCACACUCUCCGGCGGCUGUCCGUUGCGCAAUCGCGCCAACUCCGGAUCCAGCGGAGAUUCGGGUGCUGCCGAUAUGGAUAUCGUUGGUUCCCAUGCCCAUCUCACCCAGAAUGGUCUGACAAUCACGCCGAUUGUGCGUCACCAGCAGCAGCAGCAACAGCAGCAACAUCCGCAGCAGCAGCAGCAACAGCAGCAACAACAGCAACAACAGGUGAAUCACCAUCAUCAGCAACAUCCGCAGCUGCAUCAUCAUCUGACCUCGGGUGCCACACGCUAUCGCAAGCUGGACUCGCCCACCGAUUCGGGCAUUGAGUCCGGCAACGAGAAGAACGAGUGCAAGGCGGUCAGCUCCGGCGGCAGCAGCUCCUGCUCCAGUCCCCGUUCCAGUGUCGAUGAUGCGCUCGACUGCAGCGAUGCCGCCCAGGCAGCUUCCGCCGGAGUCGGUAUCGGAGUCGGUGUGGGAGUGGGAGUGAGUGUCUCCGUUUCGCCAGUGCGCUCGCCACAACCGUCGAGCAGCGCCAAUCUCAAGCGUCAGAUUGUCGAGGAUAUGCCCGUGCUGAAGCGCGUGUUGCAGGCGCCGCCGCUGUACGACACCAACUCCUUGAUGGAUGAGGCCUACAAGCCGCACAAGAAAUUCCGUGCAUUGCGUCAUCGCGAGUUCGAAAGCGCCGAGGCGGAUGCGAGCAGCUCCACAAGCAUACCAGCUCACAGUCCGCGCCAGAGUCCCACGCCGCACACGGCACACAUUAGUGUGGUGCAGACACCGCCACCCGCAGGUGCAACCAGUCAGCUGCACAUGCAUCUAACGCGCAACAGUCCCAGCCAGCAGCAGCAGCAGCAGCAGCAACAGCAGCAACAGUUGCAACAACAACAGCAGCAGCAGCAACAACAACAACAGCUGGGUUCCAUGGCCAGCACACACUCGGUUCUGGCCAAAUCCUUGAUGGCCGAGCCACGCAUGACACCCGAGCAGAUCAAGCGCUCGGAUAUUAUACAAAACUAUUUGAUGCGUGAGCCGGCAACAGUUGCCAGCAGCACCACAGGCGGUGGACGCAGUCCGAGCAAUCAUUGCCCCUCGCCCUCGACAAGUUCCCCACCGCCUCCACAGCAGCAGCAACAGCAACAGCAGCACCAGUUGCAACAACAACAGCAACAGCAACGUUGGAUCAACAGCAAUUGCCAGCAGCGACAGCAAUCUGUCUCGCCACACAGCAAUGGCAGCAGUUCCAGCUCCAGCUCCAGCUCAUCCAGCUCCUCCUCCAGCAACAGCAACAGCAGCAGCAGUCACAGUAGCAGCAACAGCAACAGCAACAGUUGUCAGUAUUUCCAGUCGCCGCAUUCGACCAGCAACAGCAGCAAUUCCGCCACCUCAUCGACAGCAACGUCCACUUGUAUAGUGACACCUUCACCGCGACCAUCGCCCAUGUUGGAGCUGAAGGUGGAAAUUGCAGAUCCUGCGCAGCCGUUGAAUCUGUCCAAGAAAUCGCCGACGCCGCCGCCUAGUAAGUUGCAUGCAUUAGUUGCUGCCGCCAAUGCUGUGCAGCGUUAUCCAACACUGUCCGCUGAUGUCACUGUCACGGCGGCCAGCAAUGCAGCCACGCCCAGUGGCACACCGCCCACAAGCAGCAGCAGCAACAACAACAGCAGCAGCAACAACAACAACAACAGUGCCUCUUCAGGCGUUCCGACUGUGCACAAAGUCAUGUUAGAGGCGUAAAUCGCAUCAGAGCUGAGAGACUGACAGGUUAAUGAGAAUAAGGAGGAGGAGGAGGGGAAGUAACAGGGGAUUGGGUACAUUUUCCUUAAGCACUGGCAACACCCCUCGCAGCAAGCAGAAAAGCCAGCAAAGAAAAUACAAAUAAAAGAAAAGAAAAGCGUAAAAAUUAAAUUAAAUUAUUUUUAACUUUAAACAACUUCACAAAUAAUUAAAAGCAACAAAAACAUAAGUAAAUGAAAGAAAACAAAACAAAUGAGCAAGUGUACAAAGUUUCAAAAUGCAUGCAAUUUAAAUAUAUAUUUAAACUACAAGUUAUUAAUUAACAACAAAGGGAAAAAACAAAAAAACAAAAGCUGAUAAAACAUUGUUUGUCGAUGUAUUAAAACGUGGGCAAGGCAACAAUGCAUAUAUACCAUUUAAUUUAGCAGUUAAACUCAAUACAA